AUGGCUGCCAGGCACACGUUUUUCCUCGUCAGUUCGACUUCACAGCGGAUUUUUAGCCUUGGAGCGAGUGAUGCUGAGGUGGACCCCCGACUGGUGGCAGCAGCUAAAGACAUGGCCUCCAGUCUGGGGGGAGGGGAGAGGGUAGAGUCUGCACUGCUGCUGCAGCUAACAUUAGUAACAUUUGUGUUGAUGUGUGCAGCAGUGAUGGAGAGCAGUGAUGGAGAGGUGGAUCCCCGACUGGUGGCAGCAGCUAACAUUGGUAACAUUUGUGUUGAUGUGUGCAGCAGUGAUGGAGAGGUGGAUCCCCGACUGGUGGCAGCAGCUAAAGACGUGGCCUCCAGUCUGGGGGGAGGGGAGAGGGUAGAGUCUGCACUGCUGCAGCUAACAUUGUCUGGGGGGAGGGGAGAGGGUAGAGUCUGCACUGCUGCUGCAGCUAACAUUGGUAACAUUUGUGUUGAUGUGUGCAGCAGUGAUGGAGAGGUGGAUCCCCGACUGGUGGCAGCAGCUAAAGACGUGGCCUCCAGUCUGGGGGGAGGGGAGAGGGUGGAGUCUGCACUCCUGCAGCAGCUCAGGAGACAUGAGGACACCACGUCCGCAGCGAAGUCCGCAGCCACGCCUGCAGAGACGUCUGCAGACAACAGCAGUCUGGGGGACCUGAUUUCUGGAUUACGAGUGGUACAAGGCCAGAAGACCAACAGGAAUGCAACCAGGGGGAACAGGUCGGAGGUGAAGAACUUUCGUCAGGAAUUUCAGCAGACGAGACAAACUCAGCCCAGAUCAGAGCAAGUCUUCAGGAAAGAGAGGAGGUCGUUGUUUGAGGGGAAACGACUGGGAAUCUUCAUGCAGGAGGAGGUUAACAGCUGGGAGCCUGAUGCACCUACAUUAUGGGAUGAGGAGCAGAAAGCAGAGCUGCAGACACAAGUGGACCGUCCUCCUCGUAACGGGUUUGAGGAGAUGAUACAGUGGACUAAAGAAGGCAAGAUGUGGACCUUUCCCAUCCAGAAUGACCAAGGUCUGGAAGAAGAGGCAGCAGUUGGUUUCCAUGAACACGUGUUCCUAGAGGAUCUACUAGAGGGUUUCCCAGAGAAGGGACCCAUCAGGCACUUCAUGGAGCUGGUCGUAACAGGGCUCUCCAAAAACCCCUACCUGACCCUACAGCAGAAGAGAGAACACGUGGACUGGUUCCGGAAAUAUUUCCAAGAAACGGAGCCCAUUCUUAGAGCGUCAGGUUCCUUGACUGCAUAACCUGCUAUUUGACAACCUAGGAAAUCUAGUCAGGAACAAAAGAUAGGCUAACACUACUUCACCUUUAUCUGUGGGGUAACCUUUAUCUGAUUUUUGAAAUAUUAUCUCAUGAAAUACAUUAUAUGUGGUUGGGAACAAUGAGCUUUGUUAUUGUGAUAGGCCACACUACCUAUGGUAUGAUUCAGCAGAGUUGACUUAGAAAUUAAAGCAAAAUAAUGACUAGAUAACAAAUUUAGUCCCUUAGAACAACACUAAGGUACAUGU